AUGUUUCACGAUUUUUAGAAUUAAAAUUGUAAUUAAUUUAUUUAAUAUUAAAUUAACUACGUGUAAUUAUAAUGAUCGAUUUAGUAAGCAUUAUAACAACAGGAGGUGUCAUUCUUUUUUACAAAGUAAGACGAUUAUUGAAUAAGUAUAGGCUCUUUGCUAAAUAAAAGAAGAUGUUUUGGGAAAAGUGA